CUUUUAUUUAUUUUUUGGUAAUUAAAACUAAAUUUAAUAAUAAAAUUUAAGAAUUUUGAACUAAAAGUAUAUUUAAAAAGUGAAUAAACGUUUCUAUAAAAAAACGUUGUGUUGCAAGUUAAAGAAUUUAAUACGAAAACAUUACUAACACAUGGGUGCUGCCAGGGUUUACUUUUAUUGUUUUACUUAAAACAAAAGCUCAAAUUUACUAGCAAUUUUAAAAAAACGGCAUCGACAUGAAUUAUGGGCGUAAGACUCCCUCGACCUAUCGAUCAAAUCCCUCUGUGUAUUCCCAUACCACGGGAAGAUCUUCUACAAAUCUUCAUACCGUCAAAUCACGUUCCACACGUUCGGUGCGUAUACCUUGGUACCAAAGACCCAUUCUAAAGAACAAUCAAUAUAUUGAUAUACAAAAAAAUGCCAUGAUGAUUGGUUUAUUUGCCAUAUUUUUGGCUUUAUUCACCAUUGGCACUGCCAUCUUUGAUAUAUAUUGUUUGGCCAUGGCUGCGCCUGGUUCAACACAUUAUGGUUAUUAUAUUAUAUCAUAUGAAUUUGUGUAUGUUGGCAACAAACAUGUACGCAACAUGUUGAUGGUAUUUGCUUUAUUUUCAUUAGUAUUGGGUGUUAUAAUAUUAUUUACCAGUAUACUGCUAGUAGUAGCUUUAAGAAAGGAAUAUGAACGUAAAAUUUUACCCUGGCUUUGGACCUUUGCCAUAUUUACUGUAUGGCGCUUUUUGUCUCUACUAUUCUUUGCCAUUGUCAAUGAUUUGUAUUUUGCCUACAAUGCUGUCAUGGUAUUUUUAUGGUCCGUUUUUGUUUUGAUUUGCAUCUUAGGUUGGUGUGUGGUUUAUUCAUUAUUCCUGGAGUUAGUAGAUCUAACGAAAUUAGAAGAUUUGGCUCACUUAAGAAUGGGUACUAUGGCUUCUUUACAUGCCUCCACUGCCAAUUCCUUAGCCGGUUCACGUCCCACUACACCACAUAGUACUGUUUCUACUAUGCCAGUUGGUUGAGUUUACUGUAAUGCACAAAUAUUGGCAUUUUUUAAGAAUCUCUCUGCAAUUACUUUUUUAUAUGUAUUACUAUCGAAACCGUCCCAUAUUUUUAAUGUUUACUUUAUCAAUAUCUUUUUAAUGCCUUAAAGUAGAAAACAUUCCAUCGAUAUAUAAUUUUGUUUAAAAAUGUUAACACAUUUAUUUAUAUGUAUGUAUUUAGAAGUGCCUUAAUUGAAAAAAAAAGACAUCAUUAUUUGUUCUUUACACAGUAGUAGUUGAUUGAUUAUAAAGCUUACAAAUUGUUUUUAAGUACAUUUUUACAUUUAAUAGAUUUAUAUAUAUUUUUUAGUAUGUAAGCUGAAAAUUGUACCGUCCAUUUUUUAUAUAAUACAUAAUUAUAUGUAAUAUGUAUUUGCUAAUUAAACGAAUACAAAUAAGGAUUUUAAAAAUUUAUUUAAAACAUUUUUUAUCUCAAAUAUUAUUGAAAAUAUUUAACAUAUCAGUCAAUAAAAGAAAAUAAAACAAUUUUUUU